GUACAGAGGCCGGGGCCGCCCGAGCGGUUAUACAAGGAGCACGACUGAUUGGUCGCCCUUCCCCAUCCCCGGGUCCCCCCGGUGUAUAAAUAGCUGGCGGCGGGAGUCGGGACAAUCACUGGGCGCGGCAUCACUGGCUUGGACUGCGCUCACCGACAUGUCCCGCAGACCUGCACAGGGGCUGGCACAAGACUCCAAUGAAGCCAACACAAUUUCUCCAGCAAGCGCAGAGCGCCUUACCAAAACCAACCCCCGACCUUGGCUCCCACCCGCUUUCCAAGCAACCUGCCCAUCCUAUCACACCUGUUUUCCGCCCGGAGAAAAGCUCGCAGUCUUGUGUCAUCAAGACGUUUGUCACGGAGAUUUGCCCAGCUUAAUUUCAAACGCGAAACUCCCCAUCGUGGCGGCAAGGAAAGGUAACGAUCUUUGCAAUCUCAAAGGUCAGACAGGAUUUCCAAGCCAACAGGUGGCCAAACCACCAAAGCACCGGCGACUUGCUGCAAAUGCACGCGAAAGGAGGAGGAUGCAUGGUUUAAACCAUGCUUUUGAUGAAUUGCGAAGCGUGAUUCCAGCUCUGGAUAACGACAGGAAACUGUCGAAGUACGAAACCCUGCAGAUGGCACAAAUCUAUAUCGCAGAGUUAGCCGAACUUUUGCGGAAUGUCAGUGAUGGGGAAUCAUCUCCUCGCUCGCAUUCCAGUGACUGGGAGGAAGAUCAGCCACAAGGUCCGACGUGCCAGGACACACAACCUCUCACAUGUCAUCAUGGUGCGGAAAGCCGAACGGGCUAACAUGCCUUCUUGCAACUGAACAUUUAAUCAACCACACAUUGUGUUUUUAACUUCUCAUUGUAGAGAUUGGGAACAUAAUUAUUUUUAUAAGGUCCAAAUGGCGAGAAAAAAGGUAUUCUCACCCAAUUUUGCAACGGUUGCACACUUACGAAUACUGCCGCCGAACCAGUGGAUAGGAAAACCACCAGCAGAAUAGUGAAGCAGAAUAGUCCAUUACACUGUGUGGGAAGGAACUGCAGAUGCUAUUUUACACCGAAGAAAGACACAACAUGCUGGAGUAACUCAGCGGGUCAGGAGGCGUCUCUGGAGAGAAGGAAUGGGUGACGUUUCGGGUCGAGACCCUUCUUCAGACUAUUGGGAUACAACGAAUCUCAGUUUUGAACGUGUGUGAUGUUCCAUUAGCAAUUGUUGCGCUGUUUUCACCGCCGGCUUCAACACUGACAUUGAAAUUCAAGUCGCAGCACUACUAGUCCAUGCCACGAUCGUGUUAUGUAACAUCAUUCCCCCUCAGUGCAACCUGGUCCAGGAAUAAUUAUUGGAACUUAAUCAUCAUACCUGAAUGAAUCUGGAAUGAAUUCGAGAGACGUAUUCAGAAAAUUGUUUACUGUAGAGUAAAAUUAUGCUUUAUUGGUCAAUAAAUUCACCU